UGCCCGAACGGCUCUUCUCGUAUUCUCCGCCCCGAUUCGCCCCCGCUGAAGCAGUAGUUGUAGAGAGAGAGAGAGAGAUAAAAACCUACUCCCCGAAUCCAAUCGCAAGAGAAGAAGACGAGGACGACAACGACGACGAUGCAGAGCUCCGCAUUUGGGAUCGUCUCCUCCCCCGCUCCCUUCCUCAACCUCAAGCCCCGUAGGCUCUCUUCUCCUCGAUCUCUCCCUCUCCCUCUCCACCUCCCCCGCCGCCUCGCCGCGGCGGCGGCGGCGGCGCCGCUGCUCUCCUCCGCCGGUGGCCUCUCGCCGCUCCUCCUCGUCUCUGAUCGGCGGAGGAGCUCCGCCGCGGCGGAUGGAGGCUUCGUAGUUCGAGCGAGCAGCAGCUCCGUCCCCGGCGACGGCGCCGGCGAGAUCCCCGCCGCGCCGCCCGCAGCCGCUGCGGCGGCGGGAGGUGGAGGAGAGGGGCUGCUUCGGACGCUGCAGCUCGGAUCCCUCUUCGGGCUCUGGUAUCUCUUCAAUAUCUACUUCAACAUCUACAACAAGCAGGUUCUCAAGGUUUUCCCAUACCCAAUAACCGUCACAACAGUUCAGUUUACUGUUGGGUCUGUGCUUGUCUUAUUCAUGUGGCUGACUAAUCUUCACAAGCGACCUAAGAUUUCAUCUGCACAGCUUUUAGCUAUCCUCCCAUUGGCUAUUGUCCAUACCAUGGGCAAUCUCUUCACUAAUAUGAGUCUGGGAAAGGUUGCCGUCUCAUUUACACACACCAUCAAAGCUAUGGAGCCCUUCUUCUCAGUUCUCCUUUCUGCCUUGUUUCUUGGAGAGUUGCCUACAGUCUGGGUUUUGUUGUCGCUUGUGCCAAUUGUUGGUGGUGUGGCAUUGGCGUCGCUCACUGAAGCAUCUUUUAAUUGGGCUGGAUUUUGGAGUGCAAUGGCUUCCAAUGUGACCUUCCAGUCCCGCAACGUACUCAGCAAGAAACUCAUGGUUAAGAAAGAGGAAUCUCUGGACAACAUCAACCUCUUCUCAAUUAUCACGAUCAUGUCAUUUUUCCUACUAUCUCCCGUAACCCUGUUUGUCGAAGGCGUCAAAUUUACUCCUUCAUUUGUGCAAUCUGCUGGACUGAAUCUAAAGCAGCUUUAUGUGAGAUCUCUCCUAGCUGCUAUCUGCUUUCAUGCUUAUCAACAGGUUUCUUAUAUGAUACUGGCAAGGGUAUCACCUGUGACCCACUCAGUCGGCAACUGCGUGAAGCGGGUGGUGGUCAUUGUGACCUCAGUUCUCUUCUUCAGGACUCCAGUUUCACCUAUUAACUCUCUUGGUACUGCUGUGGCACUUGCUGGAGUUUUCCUGUACUCGAGGGUGAAAAAGAUUAAGGCGAAAUCUGCAUAAAAGCGCCUGUGUUAGUUUCCUCUGCUUUUUCCAUCUUAGACUCCUAUUAAAGAGCUCAUUUCUUCAAAUGGUUUGUGCCGUUUAGCGGACAAUCGUGCUAUUACUUAUGUUUUUGCUGGUGGGAUUUUUGCGGUGGCGCGCAUUUUUAGAGAAUUAGAAUGAAAGCUUAUUUCUUCUAUUCUUUUUUUAUCAUUUACCAGGAAGUAGUUUACUGUUUCUAUCCUCCGUAUUGUUAUCGGGAGACAUGCUGUAGAGCUGUGGUUGUGAUGAAUAUGGGUAGAGAUGUUUUACGUUCCAAACCUAGCUGUUAUAUACUUUGGGUUCCAAAUUUUCGCGUUA